AUGGCGAUUUCGUGGUUCAAGAAAAAGAGAAUAAUACAUCCUGUUCAGGAAGAGUUUUUUAGUGAAGACGCCUGCAAUAGAUUCCGAAGAAUGAUUCUUAGGCGCACGAUUCAUAAUAGAAGGCGUACGACGUCGCGCAGAAUCAUAAUCGAGCCGAAACUGUCAAGGUUUUGGCUCGAAUCCCAGGGGCGGUUGAUACCGCCACCAGUCCCACCGGCGCCGGUGCCGGUGCCGGUUGAGCGCAGAUCUCUUAAAGACAGAUUGGGAGAGGUUGAUCUUAGUUACAACAACUUCACUGGAGAAAUUCCAAUAGGACUAGCUACUCUUCCGCGUUUGAAACGGUUGAGUUUUGGAUUCGAUGAAUCACUUAAUGGCUCCAACGUGCUUUCCAUAUUGAGCAUCUCAACACUAGAAUAUUUGGAUCUUGGAAAUGCUGGUUUAACUGGUGAUAUCCCUUCUGAUUUAUGUCAUCACAUUCCCAGAUUGCAAGCUCUUGGACUUGACUCCAAUGUGUUAAGUGGACGGAUACCAAGAACUAUAUCUAAAUGCUCGGAACGUCCAACUCCUAUGGUUGAAACAAAAUAA